ACUCUGAAGUUCAUGCUUGAAGUUGUUACAAACUUAACCACAAAGUUUCUCUCGAAGAUCCGAGUACACAUUCAUUUGUUAUUAAUAGCCGUCAAAAAUUUCAGUAUGAGAUGGAAUUCGAUUUUGCGUCAUUGGAAAUUUUUUAUUAUCUCCAAUUUUAAAAGAAUUCUUGAAGAUUUUUUUUCAACCCAAGAUAUGAAUAUUCCUAUGGACGAGGUUAUCAAAUUAAACAACUUAACAGCUGGCAGGGAUAAAUUAGCCAGGUUGUUGCAGUAUGCCAGCCGUGCAGUAUGGUACUUUUUACAGAAACGGAACCUCAAUCAAAAAUCCAUGGAUAAAUUAAAAAACCUUGAGUAUCACCUCAGCACAUUUCGUAAACUUUUACGACUUGGACGCUCCUUAGAUGUAUUGUAUGGUGCUUUAAAUUCUCUUCACUAUUCUGAUCGCAUUGUCAGUGCAACAAGUUCUAUGUCUAAAGUUGCACAUGCUCUCUACUUGCUUUGUGACCAUAUUAUUUGGUUCAGUCGUGUGGGACUGAUGGAUGUGCGCAGUGAUCAGUGGUUGGAGACUGCCAACAGGUAUUGGCUGUAUUCAAUUGUCAUGAGUCUAGUCCGUGAUCUAUAUGAACUUCAAAAAAUUUUGAAAAGUCAACAAUACAAAUUCAACACCAAAAACUUGUCACUGUUUUCUCGAGAACUAUCCCGCUUUGCUGUGGGUCACAAAGAUGUAGUUUUAGACAGUCUGAAAAAUCUCUGUGAUGUCUUCAUUCCAUUAGCCGCAUUGGGCUACGUCAAACUCAGUCCAGGAACAGUUGGAGUUUUAGGUGUGAUCUCUUCUGCAGCUGGUUUGUACGCUUUAAUUGAUCCUUUUGCAAAGCUAGCCCCCUCUUAAAAUGUUGCUUCUGUGACAACAUCUUCUUUAUAAAUGGUGCAUCCAUUUUUUAUUCUUAGAUGACAUUUGAAUUUUCGGAGGUUACAAAUCUCAAAAUUUAAUUUUUUAAAAAAAAAUCUAUGCAUAAACAAAUAAAACAAUAAACAACAGAAGCUUGGAUUCUAAGAAUGAGAUGUUUUCUAUCCAUUACUUGUAAUUUUUUUUGCAGCCCAGAAAAACUUUUCCACAUCCUCCAACAACUUAUUUGAACCACAUGUAUAGGUGAUGUGACAUGAUUAUGAAAUGACUGAUGAAAUGUGUGAUAAAUGUUGAAUCAGUAUGAAUCAUUAAAUUAUGUAUUAUUAAAUUUGGUAUUUGAAAUGAAAAUAUUUUAUCAGUAUAAAUGAAAAUUGAAUGAUAAGGAAUUUUAUUCAAUGAGUUCAAGGUAUUUAAAAUGUGGAUGCAUUAUUUAUAGAAGUCUUUUUUUUAUCUGUUUAUGUUUUUCUUUUCUUAUAAAACAAAGGUUCAGGUCUAGAUUUAAGUCAACAAUCAAAGCAACCAUUAUCCAUGGUUAAUUUUUAAUUAUAAAUAAUUGGAUCGUAACUAUAAAUCGAUCUCUGUUUCAAAGCAGGGAAUAAUAUCACCCUUUAUUUAUUUAAUGUUGUUGUAUCCUUGAGAUAGGUACCCUCUACUUAUAUUGCAACCAUUUGUCGGUUUCAUGUACAAAAGCCCUUACCAUUGUAUACUUUGGAACCACAUACAAAGCAAGAAAAGUAUAUCUACUCAGAGUUUCUUUAAAGUUACAACCUUUUUACGUUGCAUGCCAAUCUUAUUUUAGGUAUGGCUGCCUUUAAAAAAUCUUUUCAACAAAUUUCGUUCGGAGAUUUAAGUAGAAAGAAAGUUGUUGCAUAGCUCUCGAUCAAUCCUCAGAUUUAGUGCCAUGCAGUUUGGGUAAGAUUAAUUUUUUUAAAUUUUUAUACAUCUGGCAGAUUAUUAAGGAAAAUAAAAAAGAUCAAAGAUCAAAUACAUGUUGUUCCAAUCAUAAAUCGACCCUGACAGUAAAUUUGAAUUGAAUUAUCAAUCUCAUUUUGGGUUUUUGACGGUCAAUCAUCGUUACGAAUAUGCCAUUGUAACUUUUCUUUAGAUUGAAUUUUCAGUUUUCGAAAACAAUACAUCUAGAAGCUAAAAUUUUCUAUUUAAAAUUGUACAAUCAUACUCGUAAUGCAUUGCACUAAAUCUAAAGAAGCACUCAUAAACACUUGAGUGAAGCUUGUCCCAAAAAUUAUUCGUUAGCUACAUUAUUUAAAUGGCUCUUGCUUUUACAAAAGUUUUUUUUGUAAUUUGUUGUAUUGCAGGCACAUUGCUAAUCAUCUGGUGUUUUUAUUGGUCUGAUUUUUAUACUUAAGUGGGAUUGAAGGGAGUUAUUAGCUAUUUGGGUUGUGUAGAAUGUAGUCUAGAAUUUUUCUUUUUUUAUGGAAUAUUUGUAUGGCUCUAGCCACAAGUGAUAUCGAGUAGGUUUGAUUUUGAACUCAUCAGCACCACUCGGUGACCUCCUUUCCUAGUUUUUGUUCCUUCUUUUUGAAAGGAUUUGUAAUAUUUCUGGUUUUGUUUACAAAAUUAUGAGUUGUUGAUAUUCUAGAAAACUCAUUGGUUCAAGCCCUCAAUUCGUAUACCUCUUAUUAAAAUCUGAAAUUAUUUUCCAUUUUUGAAUUCAUUGGGUCAGUCAAAAAAAAGGUUGAAUAAAUCUCUUUCAUUGAAAUUCUCUCCUUUUUUUGCACUCUGCUUUGUUUUGCCUCUUCGGCAAGUGGAUCAAAUAAUUAAAUGCUUAGUAUUUUCAUUACAGUUUUUACAACUCUAGCACCUCAAACUUGUGGUGUCAAGAAUCUACAAAACGUUUUGAUUUAAUUUUAUUUGUCUCUCAUUUUUAUCUUCUUUUGAAUUUUUUUCUUGCGGGAUUUUCAGUCGUGUGUGACUGCAGUUGACACAGCUUAUAUUUGUCGAAAAAUACCUUCUUUCUUUUUUGUUGUUCCUUUUCUCUCUAAUAUAUUUUGAUCAUUCAUCGGUAAAAUCAUACAAAUUCGAAACUUCUGUUCCCAACAAAAAAUUUCAUUCAUUUGUUGAGCAGAAUGAAUCAUUGAAAUAUUUUUUCUCUUCAGAUUAGUUUUUGUGUUUCUCUUAUUUCUGACUUAUUACAAGCUUUGAUCUUAAUGCCCAGGAUGAAGGUUGACUCAGGGAAAAAGAACAUAAUGUAUUCCAUUUAGAAAUCAUUUCCUCUUGGCAAAUACUUUCUCCUUUGACAAGAACCUAAUCUGAUAUAUUUAAUUCGUUUUUUUGUUUUUAUUUUCAAGCACUCCAUCAUUUUUACUCUGUAGCAGAAAUACUCUACGCAUUUGAAAGAUACAUUUUUUUAAAUUUGCCAACAAUUUUGCUGUUUGGGCAUCCAAACCUUACUGAUUUUUAUGUUCAAUUUUAAUUAUGGACGUAUGGUCUGAAAAUAAAGUUUUACUUCUAUUGUUCUUAGA